GGGGCAGCGUGGAGGAUGGAGGAGCAGCGCGGGGGGACCCCGGCACCGCGCAACGCGGGCGGCGAAGGGGCGGCCCCGGCCCCGGCCCCGGCCCCGGCCCCGGUCCCGGUCCCGGUCCCGGUCCCGGCCCCGGCCCCGGCCCCGGCCCCGGCCCCGGUCCGGAGGCGUCGGAAAGCGGCCAAGAAGCGAAAGGAGGCGGCGGCGGCGGCAGUGAUCCCGCGGGGCAAACCCAAGUCGGGGCGGGUGUGGAAGGACCCCGGCAAGAAGAGGUUCUCCCACAUGAUCCAGGACAAGGCCCUUCGCAGCUCCUGGGCUCGGAAGAUGAAGGAGCGUCAGGAGAAGAAGCUGGUGCAGGACCUGGCUCGGCAGCUGCAGGAGGGGAAGCAGAGGGAGCGAGAGGAGAAGAAGCGGCGGCGGGAGGAGAACAUGAAGCGGCGGCUGGAGAAUGAGCGGAAGGCGGAGAUAGUGCAAGUGAUCCGGAACCCUCUGAAGCUGAAGCGAGCCAAGAAGAAGCACCUGAGGCGGGUGGAGAAGAGGGACACGCUGGCCCUGCUCCAGAAGACACCCGUGAGGAGCAAACCAGCCACGGAAUGAGAUGGGAGAUGGGACACACCGCGAUGCUCCAGGGGCUCUGUGGGUCCUGCUGCUCUGCAGGGGCUCUUCAGCAGCUCAAGGAGCAGGAGUUGGGCUCUCGGUGCUGGACACACAGUGGGACAGAGCUGGGGUGGGUUCUGCAGCUCCAUGACCCACAGGAACCUGCUGCUGGGUCCCAUCCUGCCCUGUGGAGUCCAGUUUGGGGCUGGAAAAGUGGCUUCAAAUGCCCAAAUCUGCCUUUUCUAUAUAAAAAUGAAUAGGAACUGACCCCAAA